AUGAAGGGCUUUCAACCUACCAUCCCACUUUCUGAUCCCAGAGCUGGAAUUCUGCCCCGUUGGCCACAGGCCUUCCAAGGACUGGAGGGUUUCCUGUACAUCAUGGAGGGUAUGUUGUAUCCCAGCCAGGCAUCUCUGUCUUUGAGUAUAUACAAAAGUUCCUACAUGGUCGACUAUAAGGACUUCAGCAAUUACACACCCCAUCUGGAAAAUCCUGAGGAGCAACGGAAGAUCGAAGCCCAGUUACGGCAGAAAGAAUUUUGCCCAGCUGUUUCCCCAUCUACAUCGAGGCUGAUGAAAGGAUACCCAGCUUUCAGGGAUCCUCAAAUGAUAACAAAAGACCUAGAGCCCUGUGCCUUCUCUCAGGAACUAGCCCAGAAGGCUCCUCAGGCACAGCCCAGAAUCUGCCCUAGUGAUUACUAUCCUUCCUUGGACCCAAAAAAGAUCCCAGAAUACAAAACUAGGUAUCAGUCUAAGAGAUUUCCAAAACCCCUGGAACUUAAUUAUCCGCUUCCUGAGAUUGGUGGACCCAGGGAACCGACUGACACACAAUUCCCUUCAGAUUCGAAACCUAUCCCGUUUCGAUGGGGACCCUUGAAGCCAUUUUACCUAUAG